UAAAGGCGCGAACGAUCGAGAACGAUCAGUCGUUAAAGUUAACUCCAUAGCGGUCGGUAAUCUAUCACCAUGGACGGAGAAACGCCAAGCCUUGAAGCCAUUAUCAACAACAGCCUCAGUGGUAGAGACCUCGACGAGUUCAACAGAAUAUACUAUGGAAGGAAAAAUCAUAUGGAAAUCAAGUUAAAAGAAUCUUCGAUCGCUGCAGCGAAAGACAAUGACUUUGAAGUUGCCGCUUACGCUUUCCCUGCAAAAAAAGAAUCUACACGACCCCCAAGGAUUGUCAAGGUAGGCGUUAUCCAACAUUCAAUUGCCAUACCAACUGAUCGUCCCAUUAAUGAGCAGAAAAAUGCGAUCCUUGCCAAAGUGAAGAAAAUAAUUGACGUCGCCGGCCAGGAGGGUGUGAAUAUCCUCUGCUUCCAAGAGCUUUGGAAUAUGCCCUUCGCAUUUUGUACACGAGAGAAGAUUCCUUGGUGUGAGUUCGCUGAAUCAGCAGAAGAUGGUCCUACUACUCGCUUCCUACGAGAAUUGGCUAUUAAAUACGCUAUGGUCAUAAUUUCAUCCAUCCUCGAAAGAGACGAGAACCAUGCUGACGUUUUAUGGAAUACAUCCGUCGUAAUCAGUGACACAGGCAACGUUAUUGGCAAGCACCGGAAGAACCACAUUCCUAGAGUUGGUGAUUUCAACGAAUCUAAUUAUUACAUGGAAGGUAAUACCGGGCAUCCAGUUUUCGCGACCCGUUACGGUAAGAUCGCCGUGAACAUCUGCUUUGGACGACACCACGUUUUGAAUUGGAUGAUGUUCGGCCAAAACGGAGCUGAAAUUGUUUUCAAUCCGUCAGCAACUAUCGCUGCUGAAGCUGGGAGUGAGUAUAUGUGGAAUAUUGAAGCUAGAAACGCUGCGAUCACUAACUGCUACUUCACAGCUGCUAUAAACAGAGUUGGGUACGAGGAAUUCCCUAACGAGUUCACCUCGGCUGAUGGGAAACCAGCUCACAAGGAUUUGGGACUUUUCUACGGGUCGAGCUACUUCACUGGGCCCGAUGGUGUAAGAUGCCCAGGCCUGUCCCGUACAAAGGACGGUCUCCUCAUUGCGGUGAUGGAUUUGAACAUGAAUAGGCAGAUCAGAGAUCGUCGCUGCUACUAUAUGACGCAGCGUUUGGACAUGUACGUGGAGAGUCUAAAGAAGGUUCUGGACCUAGAUUUCAAGCCCCAAGUUGUACACGAGACUGAGAAGUAAGAAGACCUACCAGACUGUAUACUUACCUACUUAUUAUCUUAUUUUUCGCUUUGCAAUUAAAAUAUUAGCUUUAAUGUUCCCAAAAAAACUUUUAGUUAAGUAGAUAGGUAGGUACUAGUUAUAAAUAAUUUAAGACUUUUUAGAUAAGAGAAUUGUAAACAAUCAAUUAUUGUAUACUUUCUUACACCGAUUUAAUGGAAAAUUAAAAUUGCUAAGUAUGUAUGUAAUUAA